AUUGUUUGCAUUUUCUGUCCCUCCACUUCUGUCAGUACCAGAAUACCACAAUCCCACCUCUACCUGUCAACAUGUUAUGGGGACCCAUUGUGGUUUCUCUCCUUCUAUUCCGUCCAGCAUUAGGUCUCAAUGGUGUUAGUUUUUCCACAGAAUGCCUUGACGGGAUUGUGACUGCUGUUACCCAUUUUACCUUUGCUGGAGCAGACCCCGAUUAUUAUAAUACCCUCUGCACGUAUCAUCUGUCCGUCUAUUCUAUGUGGACUGCGGCCAAACUUUAUUGUAAGCCAGAGGAGAUUGCAGUUUGGUCUGCAGAAUACCAAGGGUAUUGUGAAAGAUAUAGGAAUAUUAGAUUGGUUCCGUACAUCGAAGUCGAACCGGAACUUACGGAUGCCUACAUCAAGAGCUUACCGGUGGUCGAAUUUGAAGACAUUGAUAAGACCAAGCUUUGGAACAGCAGUAUCCUCAUUUCCAAGUCGCUCCAUGAGAUUGGACAGAGGACAAUCCAUGUCUUCAAUGAAGAAAAAGCAUCACAUACAAGACUUGGAUGGGCAAUAUAUGGCUUCUGGGGCUGUUUACUUCUCCUGGGUAUCGUGGCCCGCUUCGUGAACUCAUUGUUCCAUUCACGGCUUGAGAGCAAUAUCAGCGACAUUGAGAGAACGAUACCAUCAAGUCUAGCUCAAUCUCCUUCAUCUGGAUUUCUCGCAAUAUUAUAUGCAGCAUACCAUCAUAUCAGGACCACCAUAGUCAUCCCUGCUGCAUUUGGUUCUCGUUCUCAGAAACUACUAUGGGAUCGUUCCGUUCAAACGCGCCUGAAAGUCAUUAUCGUGCUGGCUUACUGGAUUCUAAACCUUUUCUUAUGUAGCGCCUCUUACGAAAUAUUUUACCCAAAUCUUUACUUCACACGCACGAUUCAGAUCUGGCGUUAUGUUUCAGAUCGGACAGGAAUUAUAUGCUACGCAAAUCUACCAAUGCUAUGGAUGUUCUCUGGGAGAAAUAAUGUUUUCAUCUGGGCAACAGGGUGGAGCUUUUCCACCUUCAACACCUUUCACCUGAACAUCGCUCUUGUCGCUACUCUGCAGGCGGUUGUUCAUUCUGUUGGCUGGUCCGUAAUCAAAGGGGAUUCUGGCAUCUACGCAGCAUCCUGGAGCCUCAAUUAUUGGUAUAUGGGCGUUCUGGCUACUAUAUCAAUGGCUUUAUUGCUGAUAUUCUCCUCUGUACUUGUACGUCAGAGAUGCUACGAGGCCUUCUUAAUACUUCACAUCAUGUUCUCCAUUUUGACAAUAGUGGGCUUGUUUUGUCAUACCGCAAUUUUUCUCGGAUCUUACAAUGGCUAUUUGUGGCCAUUAGUUGUGCUCUGGCUUUUUGAUCGUUCCAUUCGAAUCGUUCGCCUCGUCUAUUGCAAUCUCCACGUCAAGUUAUCAGGAAGCGUGCAGCGUACAUCAAGUACGGCGAUAUACGACGAGGAAGCCGAUGUCAUUAGAUUGGAAGUUACGACCCCAUCUAAGACUCCCCAACCAAAACCAAGUCAAUAUUACUUCCUAUACCAGCCAUUGAGAUGGAAAGGAUGGGAGAACCACCCCUUUACUCUCGCUAAUUGGGCCCCAGCUGGCAACUCGAAUAUGGACGACGAUCGAAGACCACUCUUGUCAUCUGCCAAACUUGGUACAGACGCUGAAGUUGUUACAACAAGUCCGCACGGCCUAUCCUCCAACAGAGGAUCCCGUUCUUGGUCUUCAAAUCCUGAACUUCUAUAUGACCAUAGCGGAACUUACAAAUUGGUGUUUUAUAUCCGUCCUUUUGAUGGAUGGACAAAACACCUUCGUGAUAGAUGCAUGAGGCACCCAGACAAGGCUAUAAAUGCGAAUAUCAUGAUCGAAGGACCUUACGGCAAACCGGAACCGUUGCAUCACUAUGAGAACGUUAUCUUCAUCACAGGCGGGACCGGUGUCGCUUGUGCAAUACCGUAUCUUCGGGAUCACAUUGUCAAGUCCGCCUCUUCCUCAACACGCACACGGAAUAUCAACCUGAUAUUCGCAGCUAAGCAAACUGCCAUGAUCCGCAGUAUCGCAAUUAGUGAGCUCAAGCCAAUCCUAGACCGUAGCGACGUGCAUGCUACAUUCUAUGCCACAUCAGGUCAGGAAUCAGCAGCGGCAAUUCGGAGGCGCGACGACGAACCAUCGCUCGGUUCUAGUUUGGAUGAUAUGGAGAUUUGCCCUGGUAGACCAAAUAUCAAAGCUGCCAUUCUGGACUUUGUUGAUGAAGUAAAUGCGAGUUCGGUGGGUGGCCGAAUUGCAGUCCUGGUAUGCGGUCCAGCUGCUAUGGCGGAUGAGUCUAGAGCAGCUGUCCACCAAGUAUUAAAGAAUGGAAAACAGGGAGUCGCAUACUUUGAAGAGACGUUCGAGUGGUAACUUGUAUGUAGAUAUCUCGAACUGAAACAACUGAGGACAAAGUGAUAGAGGUGUUCCGGUCCGUGCUAUUCAUAAA